AAAACACCCUUAUGUUACCUCUCCAACUACACUUAGGGCUGGUUUGGUUGGGGGUUAUACAGCAUAUAAGUUAUUUUUAUCCGGAUUAGACAGGAGUUUGGUAUUCUAUUAAAACAUUGUGGACGGCCCUGAGAUAAAGCAAGGCCCGUAGCUAAAUUUCAGUAUUACGCUGUAUUCCUAAUACCUCCAACCCCCUCCGAUUAUGGUAAUCAAUGCAGAUUAUGGCAAUAUUUUUCACUACCCUCGCACGACUUCCGAUGAGUGGAUUUCAACCCUAGCUCCCUUUCUUCCCUUCGCCGCUCUUUCUCCAUUCCUUCUGUUUCGAACCUAUGGUGGAAAUAAUUUCAGAUUCGAUUUGCUAAUAAACUGAUCAAAGCCAUCAAAUUCCCUCUCUCACAAUAUUCAGAUUUCAGAUUCAAAGUCAUCCACUUCCAUCUCGAACGCGGCCAAUUGCUCCAUACAAUUUCAAAGGGUAUAAACUAGGAUUUGGGCAUUUCGGCGGCACCAUCUUCCAGCUGUUCUCAGAUCAAGAACUGAGCAAGAAAAUCUGAAAGGCGUCAUCAGCAGUGUAAAGAUCGAACGAAGAGCAGGCUACCAAAGACUCCGCACGUGUGUACUGAAAUGUCAGGGAGGGAAAGUAGUCGUGUGCGUGACAUGCGAUUCGUCUUGUUACAAGAAAUUUUGCGUGAUCAUGUCAUCCAAGUGGCUCUGUUAUUUGCAUUCUAUGCUAAGUAUAGGUUAAGGAAAAGAAAGCGAGGUGAUGGAGCCUUAAAGUACGAGAUAAUAAGUAAGAUGCCUGACCAAGAAAAACACUUACGUCGUUUAGUAGGUGUACAUGAUGUGGACUGUAUUUCCAACCUUCGUAUGGAUCGUAGGACUUUUGCUAGGCUUUGCGUGAUUUUACGAGAACGGGGUGGUUUGGUUAAUGGUCGGUUUGUUACAGUUGAGGAACAAGUAGCAAUGUUCCUUUCAGUUCUAGCACAUCAUAAAAAGAACAAAGUAGUCAGAUUCGACUUUUGGAGAUCCGGUCAAACGAUCUCGCAUUAUGUACAUGCGGUCUUAGGAGCAGUUAUUAGGGUACAUGAUUUAUUCCUAGCCAAACCCGAAGCUGUUCCAGCAGAUUGUAGUGACCCACGGUGGAGGUGGUUUAAGGGCUGUUUAGGGGCAUUAGACGGCACUUAUAUCAGUGUCAUGGUCGGUAACGAGGAUAAACCUCGGUAUCGGACAAGAAAGGGGCAAAUAUCAACAAAUGUUCUAGGUGUUUGUGAUCGUAAUCUGAAUUUCAGUUACGUACUAACCGGUUGGGAAGGAUCGGCUGCGGACUCUCGAAUCCUACGAGAUGCAAUUAAUAGACCUCAUGGCCUUAGGGUCCCAAAGGGGAACUACUAUUUGUGUGACAACGGUUACGCGAAUAGUGAUGGUUUUCUAACGCCUUUCAAGGGUGUUAGAUACCAUUUAAAAGAGUGGGGUCCGAAUAAUGCACGACCACAAAAUAAAGAAGAGCUAUUUAACCUGAGGCAUAGUAAGGCGAGAAACGCGAUAGAGCGAGCCUUCGGCAUAUUGAAGAUGAGGUGGGGUAUUCUUAGGUCUCCAUUUUACCCUAUUCGGGUGCAAAAUAGACUCAUAAUGGCAGCAUUCUUACUCAAUAAUUUUGUUCGGAUGGAGAUGCCGAUCGACCCCAUAGAACAGCAACUAGACAAUAUGCCUCAAGACAACGGGUUGGCCAUAGAUGCAACACAUGAUGAAUUCAUUGACGUCGUUCAGUGUUCCCCCGAAUGGAAUGCGGCGAGGAAUGCCUUGGCCGAAGCUAUGUGGUCGCAGUAUCUGAAUAAUAAUUAGGAUGGACGCUGCUUCGGAAGUAUCAACACGCACCCCUCAAUGUAGCUGCGGCAAUGGAAACAUGGAGCUCAAGUGCGCGGGCUAUACAUCAGAGAAUCCCGGUCGAUUUUACUACAAAUGUCCUACGGGUAAGAACCAUUGGAAGGGCUUUUAUUGGUAUGACGAGUACCAUCGGAUAGGCCGACGAAAUGUGACUUCCACUGCCGGCUCUUCUCGAAGUAUAGUUUUCAGCCAACCAACUACUGCUACACCUAUAUCUCAGCCUGCAUCACCAAAUGUUGUCACCAAUAUGGGUCUACAUGGAAGCGGAUUGACAUUACCCCGUAGCUAUUUGGAGUUCAUUUGUGCCGUGCUUGGUCUCACAAUAUUUGUUCUAAUCCUAGGUAUUGUUAUGGGUAAACUCAUGUGAGGGUAUGUGAUUUGGUACUUCGUUGCAUCGUCCAAACAAUUUCAAGUUUUAUUUCUUUCAUUUGGGAUUCGACUUAUCUAGAGUAACUGUUUGCAGGAUAUUAUACUGUAUGGCAAACUGCCAUUUUCAU